GGCAGCCGGGUAUCUUAUUCUUAAAGGAGACGCAGCGCCCGAGACUUCCGGGUGUGGAGGGCACACGGGCGGCGGAGGACGAGAGGGGAAUGUGCGGCAGCCCGGCUCUGCUAGGAGGGGCCCUGACUGCCAGAAAACAAUGGAGGAGAAGAAGCGCCCGGACGCGGUUGGUGACGCUGAGACCUCCAAGGGACCCCCGCCCCCCUGCGCCUCCUCCACUGCAGCCAAGAACCUCGCCAUCCUCAAGGAGCGUUCCUUCGACAUCAACUUCGAUGUUGGCGAUGAGUACGAGAUCAUCGAGACCAUUGGCACCGGGGCCUACGGCGUGGUGUCCUCCGCACGGAGAAAAGACACCGGUCAGAAGGUCGCCAUCAAGAAGAUCCCCAACGCCUUCGACGUGGUGACCAACGCCAAGCGCACCCUGCGGGAGCUGAAGAUCCUCAAACACUUCAAACACGACAACGUCAUCGCCAUCAAGGACAUCCUGAGGCCCGCAGUGCCCUACUGCGACUUCAAGUCCGUGUACGUGGUGCUGGACCUCAUGGAGAGCGACCUCCACCAGAUCAUCCACUCCUCGCAGCCCCUGACACUGGAGCACGCCCGCUACUUCCUGUACCAGCUGCUGCGGGGGCUGAAGUACAUCCACUCCGCCAACGUCCUCCACCGGGAUCUGAAGCCCAGUAACCUCCUCAUCAACGAGAACUGUGAGCUGAAGAUUGGGGACUUCGGGAUGGCGCGGGGGAUGUGCACCAAGCCGGACGAGUAUAAGUACUUCAUGACUGAGUACGUGGCCACCCGCUGGUACCGCGCCCCGGAGCUCAUGCUGUCGCUGCACGAGUACACCCAGGCCAUCGACAUGUGGUCUGUUGGUUGCAUAUUUGCCGAAAUGUUGGGGCGCAAGCAGCUGUUUCCUGGGAAGAACUACAUCCACCAGCUGCAGCUCAUCAUGACGGUGCUCGGGACGCCCUCCAGCCAGGUCAUCCGGGCCAUCGGUGCCGAGCGGGUGCGAGCCUACAUCCAGAGCCUGCCCUCCCGACAGCCGGUGCCGUGGACAGACCUGUACCCUCAAGGAGACCGCAAAGCCCUCGACCUCUUGUCCAAAAUGUUGCGGUUUGACCCGUGGGAAAGGAUCUCUGUGCGUGAAGCCCUGCGCCACCCAUUCUUAUCCAAAUACCACGACCCAGAUGACGAGCCGGAGUGCGUGCCCGCUUUCGACUUCGGCUUCGACAAGAAGAUCCUGACCAAGGAGCAGAUUAAGGAGGCCAUUGUGGGCGAGAUCGACGGCUUCCACCGCAGACGGGAGGGCAUCCGCCGGCAGAUCAGCUUCAAGCCCGCCUUAAAACCGGCGGUAGAGGGGCCAGGGCCGGACACUAUGGUGAGAGAAGACGACUUCCACUCCCCGCCACUUCCCCCACCCUUAGAGGGGCAGGAUGUGGACAUGCCCAGCGCCAACUCCGCUAGAGACAGGACAGACUUUCCUAUGGAGUCGCCAAGAGUUCCCGAGAAGCCGGAGACCAUUGACCUGACGUCCCCUGUGGAGAGCGAAGAGCCGGAACAACAGCGGGUGAAAGAGGAGGAAAAAGAGGAGGCACCGCUUAUCAAAGCUGAUCCAGAGCCUGUGCCAAAGAGAGAGGGCGCCAUAUCUGAUGAUACUAAGGCAGCACUAAAGGCGGCUCUACUGAAAUCAGCCCUACGGAAUAAAUCAAAGGAUGCGCCAUGUUCGAUACCUGAGACUCCUGAUGUGAAGAAACCAAUAACCGCCCAGGAACGUCAGCGGGAGCGCGAAGAGAAGAGGAAGAGGCGGCAGGAGCGCGCCCGGGAGAAGGAGAAGAAGCAGAAGGAGAAGGAACGUCGUGAUAUAAGGAAAGCCGAAGGGUUCGGGGGGCUGGUUUUGAGUGAGAAUGAUAAAAACCUUCUGGAGCGCUGGACCCGGAUGAUUGACCAGACCCAUCUACAAGUCCUGCCCCCGACUGGCCACAACACCCCGGCCCCUAACCCAGCAGUGAUAUGCCCAGACAUCUGCCCUGUCGCCCAGCCUCUUCCACCACAAACAGUAUUUGCUGUGACUAACCUUAAUCCAGUCCCAGAGGUCAGGAACCAGCAGAACGGUCCCGUCCCCACCCCGCGGUCCAUGGCUCCUAGCAUCCAGUUCAUGCCCCGCUGCCUAAACCCCUGCCCUGUACCCAACCUCCUCCACUAUGUGCCUCCGGCCUCCACCGCCUUCCAGAUUGGCCCGGUAGUGCUGGCGCCUCACGUGAAGCCGACGACUCCUCCACUCACUACUCCGACUCCUCUCGCUGCUCAGGCCCCUCCAGACGUCAAGUUUCUUUCCAGCGGCCAAGUCUUACCCGGACCGUUCCCGGCUCCUGCGCGGCUCAACCCAACAUGGAACAGAGGAGGACGCCAAGACGGCUGGCCGGCACCCGACACCGCAGACGGAAAGGGCAGCUCCGUCUCCGUGGAUCCGGCAUUGUUCCUGCGCAACCCUGCCGACAUUGAGCGCCCCCCACAGCAAGGGACCGGAAUGUCCUACCCCGGAGGAGCUGGGGAUUGUCGCGUCCAGGAGGGGAUCAAGUCCCAGGAUCUAACGCCUCUUCCAGCCGCCACCUUCACCGGUGCGGACACCGGCGCGGUUACUCCGGAUAUCAACCUGGUGACGCAACAGCUGUCAAGGUCUCAGGUGGAGGACGUGUUGCCCCCCGUCUUCUCUGUCACCCCCAAGGGAAGUGGCGCAGGUUAUGGGGUGGGCUUCGACCUGGAGGAAUUUUUGAACCAGUCCUUCGAGAUGGCUCCGGAAAACCGCGAAAGCCUGGUGGACUCCACUCCUCUGUCCGCCUCCCUCCUGGCCGACUGGUUGGAUGUUCAUCGUAUGAAUCCCGCAGACAUGGCGUCUCUUCAGGAGGAUCUCCAGCUGGGAUCUCCCAUGAGCCUCUCCGACAUCCCCGACCUCCAGGAUGGAUGAGGUCACGGAGGUCACGGUCGCCAGGACAUUAUAUCUCCAGACAAAGGGCUGCAUGUAUAUAGACGUGCCCUGCAUGAGCGGGUGGUGCCCCGGAGCGGGCACUGGAGGAAGAGGAUCGGGGGCCGUGCCAUGGAGCGCUGAGGAGGUACUAGGAAGAGACUGUGCUCUGCAGUAUAUACAGGGGCCUGCCUACACCAGGGACUGUGCUCUGCAGUAUAUACAGGGGCCUGCCUACACCAGGGACUGUGCUCUGCAGUAUAUACAGGGGCCUGCCUACACCAGGGACUGUGCUCUGCAGUAUAUACAGGGGCCUGCCUACACCAGGGACUGUGUUCUGCACUAUAUACAGGGGCCUGCCUACACCAGGGACUGUGCUCUGCAGUAUAUACAGGGGCCUGCCUACACCAGGGACUGUGUUCUGCACUAUAUACAGCGGCCCGCCUACACCAGGGACUGUGCUCUUCACUAUAUACAGCGGCCUGCCUACACCAGGGACUGUGCUCUGCAGUAUAUACAGGGGCCUGCCUACACCAGGGACUGUGCUCUGCAGUAUAUACAGGGGCCUGCCUACACCAGGGACUGUGCUCUGCACUAUAUACAGCGGCCCGCCUACACCAGGGACUGUGUUCUGCACUAUAUACAGCGGCCCGCCUACACCAGGGACUGUGCUCUGCAGUAUAUACAGGGGCCUGCCUACACCAGGGACUGUGCUCUGCACUAUAUACAGCCGCCCACCUACACCAGGGACUGUGCUCUGCAGUAUAUACAGGGGCCUGCCUACACCAGGGACUGUGCUCUGCACUAUAUACAGCCGCCCACCUACACCAGGGACUGUGCUCUUCACUAUAUACAGCCGCCUGCCUACACCAGGGACUGUGCUCUGCAGUAUAUACAGCGGCCUGCCUACACCAGGGACUGUGCUCUGCACUAUAUACAGCCGCCCACCUACACCAGGGACUGUGCUCUUCACUAUAUACAGCCGCCUGCCUACACCAGGGAAUGUGCUCUGCAGUAUAUACAGCGGCCCGCCUACACCAGGGACUGUGCUCUGCAGUAUAUACAGCGGCCCGCCUACACCAGGGACUGUGCUCUGCACUAUAUACAGCGGCCUGCCUACACCAGGGACUGUGCUCUGCAGUAUAUACAGGGGCCUGCCUACACCAGGGACUGUGCUCUUCACUAUAUACAGCCGCCUGCCUACACCUGUGAUUCAGG